GUUAUCGUGAUCUGUGCCCCAGCGCAGAAUGAAAAAAAGAUAGCAGAAAGAAAGAAAAAAGUGAACAGAAAUUAAUUAGCAAUUAGCAAUUAACCAGUGUGUAAAUACUGGGAGCGAGUAAAACAGCCGCCGCCAGACUAGAACCAGCUGAGCUGAUAGUUCCCGUUAUUCCACCCGUGCGCCCCCGCAAGCUUUCCGCGUGGACGUGAAACCAAAAUAAACAAGCGAGGAAGGAGCAGGGCAAAGAGGAAGAACGAGAGACGAGACAACGGGGCAGAAACAAAAGCACAAAACGGCGGACAGAACCAGACGUAAAAAAACAACAAACCGGAGCGGACGAGCACUCGAGCAAUCUCUCGCCAAGUCGAAAUUUAUUUUUGUGUUUAGUACGCGCGUGUGUGAGUGUAUGUGUGCGAGAAUAUACAUAUAUAUUCAUUAUAAUAUUUAAACAAAAAUCAUACGCCAGACAAGAAGAUCGAGCAGGCAGACAGAUAAAUAAAAACCGAAUUAAAAUCCUCAAAAACAAAAAAAAAAAAAAAACGACAACAAAACCACAAUCGAGGGACAAAAACAACGCCAACGACGGUGACGGUGACGCGGCAAAGGUGCUGGAGGUCACUCGCGGCACAUUUCGCGCACGGUCGUCUGCCCCCUGUCCAUGUCCCCCGCCCCGACUUGACACCACCCCCCGGACGCGUAACCAGUUCCAGUUCCAUCCGCCCGCAACAGAGCACGCGCGAUCUUCCCCAAAAAAAAAAAAAAAACAGCAGCGAGGAGAACGUAAAAAACAAUAGCAAAGCUCACGCGCUUCUCUUUUAUUAUUAUUGUGUGCGCGCUCUCGACUGAUAAACGUCAGUUGAUAAAUACGUAUCGUCGGUCGCAUCCACCACAUCCACCAGGAAUAAGCAGAGACGACGGCAACGGCGAGGAAUAAAGGGGAACAAACACCAGCAAACAAACACCAAUUAUUCCAAUAAAGCCAGCGCCAAGUGCGAAUGCGCCCUCGAUUUGUAUGCCAUCAGCAGCAGCACUCGGCGGCGGCGGCGGCUACCCAUUCCCACUUCCACAUCCAUUCCCAUUCCAAUACCCAUACCCAUUCCCAUAACCACGUCCAGCCUGAGCCGCGUCCACAUUCCCACAUUGACGUCAGCUAUCGACGUUAUCGCACCGCUAACAGCAUGGUGGUGGCCGAGUCGGGCGGCGUUAUGGGAAUGGGAGUCAUGGACACCUCCAACGGAUCGGGACACUUCAAUGAAACACCGCUCUCCGAGCUGAGCAUAGAGACCCGCACCCAAUUGUCACGCAUGCUCAACCGCAAGAAGGUCCUGCGAUCGGAGGAGGGCUACCAGCGGGAUUGGCGUGGCAUAUCGGAGCUGGCCAAGCAAAAGGGCUUUGUGGAUGAGAAUGCCAAUAAUCCCAUGGAUCUGGUACUUAUCAGUUGGAGCCAGAGGAGUCCGCAAACCGCCAAGGUGGGGCACCUGGAGAACUUUCUCGGCAUCAUUGAUCGAUGGGAUGUCUGCGAUGAUAUCCAGGAGAAUCUGGCCAAGGACACCAGUCGCUAUAUUGUCAAGCGAGAGCAGCGACAGGCAGCUCUGGUAGAGGCCUGUCCUCCGCCGCCCAGCGACUGCUUCGAGGCCAACAACAACAAUAGCAACUACAGCAGCAGCAACAACAUCACCGUGGGCCAGAGUGUCCAAAUCUUGAGCGAUGAGGAUCAGCGUUGUGUGCAAAUGGGUCAACCGCUGCCCCGAUACAAUGCCUGCGUUUUGUACGCCGAAGCUGAUAUCGAUCAUGCCACCGAAAUCAUGAAUAAUCUGGAAUCGGAGAGGUAUAAUCUCAGGCUCUUCCUGCGUCACCGCGACAUGCUUAUGGGUGUGCCCUUCGAACAUGUCCAGCUCUCCCACUUCAUGGCCACCCGCUGUAAUCACCUGAUUGUUGUGCUCACCGAGGAGUUUCUCCGGAGUCCGGAGAACACGUACCUCGUGAACUUCACCCAGAAGAUACAAAUCGAGAAUCACACUCGCAAAAUCAUACCCAUACUGUACAAGACAGACAUGCACAUACCCCAGACCCUGGGCAUCUAUACGCACAUUAAAUACGCCGGUGACUCCAAGCUGUUCAACUUCUGGGACAAGCUGGCCAGGUCGCUGCAUGACCUGGAUGCCUUCUCUAUCUACGCUCCGCGUCAAGUGCAAACACCCUCUCCCACGGAUGAAUCGGGCCCUCAGCGAGUGACCACCCCCAGCAUACGGAUACAGAUCAACGACAAAGACGUCACCGAUAUGCCCAGCUACAACAACAGCUACAACAGUGUCCCAGAAGCCGAGGAAACCACAUUAGUUUCGGUAUCCGGCGAUACCAGCUUGCCGCUGCCGGAGCUAAAGCCCAAGAAGAAGGACCGGUUUCUGCGCAAGUUCACGCACAGCUUUGGCAAAACACCAAAAAGCGAUAGUGGCAAGCCUUUGCGGCAUGCUCACUCCGUUAGCACCAUCAAUGUGACGGAACGGGAGAGGACACUAAGUGCCAGCAGCUCCAAUAUCUCCACCACGUCGGAGAGCAAGAAGAGCUCCAUUAAAUGGCAGCCGAAUAUACUGAAGAAGGUUCUAUUCUCGCGAUCGAGCAGCAAGCUGCAGACACCGGGCUGAGUCCCCAUCUCUCCUGCUCGCGUGUGUGUGUGUGCCCAGUCUAGUUACCACCCUCCAUGCUUAGUGAUAAUCCGUAGUCUGUAAAACCUAAUCAAAGUCAAAUAACUAACUUAAUACUACUUAGACGCACUUGUUAACUUAUAUAAGACAACAACGAAUAAAGACAAUACCACAUA